AUGCCGCGCAACCAACCGGAGCCCGACUCUCGCGACGGCGGACCUGCGCUGUUCCAGAGCGGAGCUCCUGCGAGAGAUGUCGAGUCUCCAGAAGCCCGCCGCGACGCCCCCGAACCUAGCGAGCAGCUGCAAAGGGGCCCCGUUCAGGCCGGCCACCAGCGCUUCGUGCUGACCGACAGCGUCGCCUUCAGGCAAGUCGUAUACCUGGAAGAAGACCCCUCGACCGUCGUUCUCGACCGCCGUCGCGUUCUCGAAGGCUACGAAUGCUACAUCGUCGAGCAGUGGGCCUGCGCCCGCACACACCCCACGUUCGUCAUCACCACUUUCACUGGCGAUUCUGCCCAUAAAGUCGUUGCAGGAGUCCUCAGCGUCCCUACCGAUGAAAAAUCCUGGUCACUGCGUCUCCGGAUAUACUUCAAGGCCCUCAGCCAAUACCAUGCACGCCCUCGAGACACGCCUCUUGGCACUCUCAUGAUCACGAACCUGAGCGUAUUCCCCUCGUCAUUGACCGUUAUACCUGUCCCUGGUGGCGAUGUCCGCAAACACCGCGAGUCCUUUUUCGUAAACGAGAAUCUGAAGAGGUUGGGGUGCUCUGGCCGCGUUGGCAUCACGCUUGCUCCACCAAGUGGCGCUACUGAAGCCAAGUUUCACCAGCUUUAUCGCACGAGUGAAAAGAUCCCGCUUGCUGGAGCUGUUAUCGAACUUGUGAAGUUGUGUCAGGUCGCGUUGGUUCUGUUUGGCAAGCUGGAACCCGAAUACGCCGACGGCUUGCUGUGCGACGUUACCGAGAGGGCUGUGAACGACUGGUGGGUUGAGAUUGGAAACGAAUAUUACAGCAUAGAGCCUCACGACGGCAUCCUGGGCCCCACUACCGUGGCUGCUCUGCUCGGCACCCUGAUCGGAGCGCGUAAUCGUCUUAAUGCAUACGGAGCGCCCAUCGCCAAAGAUGUCUUUGACGUCGAAAACACGAAGCGAGGCAUUGCUUAUUUCCAGAAGUCGCAACGUCUCCCGAAAACACGUCGAUUAGAUCGCAAGACUCUAGGAUUACUGCAUCGCGCGACUGCCAAGACUGCGAGUGGUGAAGGCUGGACAGUCCCGAAGGCUGUAAAGUCUACCGUUGCGGAACUUAGUGGCAAGGGUGGAGAAAUGGUCAUGGAUAUUGUGGGCGGAAGAGACAAGGCGGGAAUUGCAGAGGUGGAGACCGUUGACAUCGAGCGAUUUGUCCAACUGGUCCACGGCGAGCGGUCAAAGUGGCUGUGGUAUGGGAAACCAAGGAAGCACCACGGUAAUAUGUUCAGCAGACUUCCUGAUGAGGACACUAAACCGAAGGAUGAGGAUGACCAGGGGCCUACCAUGAUUCGACGGAGAGAAUCCACCGCGGAGGCCCCUGGCAUCCGGAAAAGGGAGACAGGAGCUUCUGUUGAUAAGUCGUCCCCCGACGAUAAAGAGUCACGGAUCAAAAGAGCCACGGGAAAGCUUGGCGAUGCUCGUAGCGGAAUCGGAGGACGACUCAAGGACGUGGUUGGGCUGCGGAGUCAUCAACAUAAACACUCGAAAGUUGAGAAUGACCCUGUUGUUGUCCCCAGUAACAACAGAAGCGAGAGCCUCUUGCGUCAGGCAAGCACUACGGAGGAUCGCGCGAAUUACCCGCCUGAGCCGAGCCCACGAGAAUCGAUGGACAUGUCGAGCGCAGCUGAAGACACGGUGACAGAUCGCUCGAAGCAAUCGCAGGCGAAAUUCACAAAGGUUUUGUCAGAGACGCCUCUGGACUCGCAAUCCAAGGCGUUUAAUAGUCGAGAUAGUCUGCCUGCCGGUGACGAACAGCCGGAACUGGGGGCUCUCCUGGCAAACGAGGGCACGACAAUAUCACGGACGGAAACCGCCGAAGAUUCGAUCGCGGGGUCCAUCUACCGCGGAAUUGACUUGGAUGAGCUGUUUGCAGCUAACGCGCAGUUUGAGCCGGGACCGCUCUUGCGCCGGACCAACAGCUUUUCCCAUCUGAUUACUCGUCGCACUUACGAGAGCCGACCCGAGGAACGCUGGCCCCGUCGGCUGUCUCUCAGCAUCGCCGAAGAGAGCUUGUUCCGGUGGCAAAGUGUCACACAUGACCUAGACGAGGAUGAACCGGGAAAUACCGAUCCAACGAAGCAGCUAGCGUGCGAGCAGCUUGCCGCUGAAGAGGCGCGGCUCAACGGGGAGCGCCUUGCGCGAUUGGGUAAUGUGGUCAACGCGUGGGUGGAGGGCACCAUCAACCACGUGCAAGAAUUGAAUGUCAUGGCAGAACGUGACCAGCAAGAGCUUGAGGAGAUCUAUUAUCCGCGACUCGACGAAUACAAGUCGCUUCAAGAGGAAUCAAAGGAAAUGAUUGCACAGGAGCGCGCGGCACUGCACGACGCCAUCAAAGACAUUGAGACGCUGGGAGCAAAACUCGAAUACGAAGUCAAUGCUCUGCGUGGAAAAGUAGAAGACGUCGAAGAUGGCGUUACGGAGUUCGAGAAGCAGGUGCUUGUAGUUGAGGACAUGGUACAGAUGCUUGAGGAAGAGUGUCAGCCAAAGGAAGGAUGGCUUAGCUGGAUGUACAGCCGCUUGACUGGGGGCGGAGAAAAGCGAAAGGUCGAUACAUGA